UCGGCGUGCCGGCGGCGGCGGCUGCGCGGAGCUGGGGUGGACCGUGGGCUGGCCUGCGGCUGGGGCGGACCGUGGGCUGUGGUGGUUGCGCGGUGGCCUGAAGAGCAACCGGCCGACGCGGACUGGGUGGGCGGCGGCCGCAGGGACAGGACCGGAGGGUGUGUCAGAUCCAGCAGCUGGACCAUGGGGAUGCGGCUCGUGCUGCUGGCCGCUGCUGCUGGACUCGUCAGCGGUAUCACCGACAAUGGUCACGUGACAGAGGUGGUUGGGGUCGAGGACCGCAGCGUGGACCUUCCGUGCAACAUCACUUCUACCUACCCCGACGACAGCGCCGUGCUGGUGCUCUGGUACCGAGACGACGAGGGAAUUCCAACUUACAGUUUUGACGGUCGAAACGACCGGUCGUUCUCGGAGCGUUCCGAGAUCGGUGACCGGGGCACUAUCGUUCGCGCCACGUUCAUACACGGCACGCGGCCGGCGGUGCUGCGACUGGCCACCGUCCGGCGACAGGAUGCCGGGAGGUACCGGUGUCGAGUCGACUUCCGCUUCAGCCCAACACGCAACCACCGGCUGCGCCUCUCUGUCAUCAUUCCACCGGGCCAGCCAGAGUUUAUACAUGAUGGCCAGACCGUGUCGGGGAUUAUCGGACCUCUGCAGGAAGGCCAGCCUCUGGAGGUCACCUGCAGGUCACUGGGAGGCCGGCCGCCGCCGCGUGUCACGUGGUUCCGAGACGGCCGCCUAUUGGACGACACGGACAGCGGUGACCAGGGGUCGGGUCAGGUGACGAACGUGCUGCGACUACCGCCGCUGGGACGGGACGACCUGCACUCGAGUCUGGUCUGCUCGGCGGCAAACAACAACAUCAGCUCGCCCGUCAUCAGCAAACUGGCCAUUGAGAUGAGCUUUCGACCACUGUCAGUGUCGAUCCUCGGCUCAGCGCAGGCCUCGCUGGAGCCCGGCCAUCCGUACGAGCUGGUGUGUCACACAGUGGGCUCCCGACCACCGGCCAAUGUCACCUGGUGGAUCGGGCAACGACGACUCACCGGAGACACGCUCAUGGAGAUGAGCCAGGGAAACAUCACGAGCAGCACUCUGCCCUUCACGCCCACUGCGGCAGACAACGGUCGGUCCCUGCGCUGUCGAGCAGAGAACUGUCUGGUCAGGGACGGAGUUCUAGAGGACAGCAGGGUGCUCAACGUGCGCUUCGCUCCCAUCGUGAGUUUGCGAUUGGGUCCGUCUCUGGACCCGGAGAACAUACGGGAAGGCCAGGACGUCUACUUCGAGUGUGACAUCAAGGCCAAUCCCGUCAUUUAUAGCCUGAGCUGGCUACAUAACGACCGUCCGAUAGUGCCCAGUCUUCCCUCUGUUGAGGCCGACAUUGUCAGUAUCAACGGACACAGUCUGGUCAUUCGGAACCUGACGCGACGCUCGGCAGGAAGAUACGUGUGCCGUGCGGUCAACCCAGAGGGAAAAACGGACAGCCGGCCCAUACACAUGGCUGUUCUGUAUGCGCCCGUGUGCGUGUCCGACCAGCAAGCUCAGUACGGCACUGCCAAGAGCGAGCCAGCGCAGGUGACGUGUCAGGUGGACGCCAAUCCUGCCGACGUCACCUUCCGCUGGCAGUUCAACACCAGCAUCGAGACGCUGGACCUGCCCUUCUCGCAGAUAAAAUCCAGUGGUAUGCGGAGCCGGGCACUAUAUACGCCCAAGACCGACCUCGACUACGGCAUCCUGGUGUGCGUGGCCGAUAAUGGCAUCGGCCACAUGACCAGACCCUGCGUCUUCCACAUCGUACCCGCAGGUCCUCCGGACCCGGUGCACAACUGUUCGGUGGUCAACCAGACGUCCGAGUCGCUGCGCGUGGCCUGCUCGGCCGGCUUCGACGGUGGCCUGCCGCAGCGCUUCAGCGCCGAGCUGUACGACGCCGCCUCCGGCCGGCUGGAGCGAAACCUGAGCGCCGGCCGGCCCGAGUUCGAGGCUGAGCGACUCCCAGCCGGCGUCGAGCUACGUGUGCGUCUGUACGCCUCGAAUUCGCGCGGCCACAGCAGACCCACCAUGCUCGACGGCUUCACGCUCAAGGCCGCCGAGAAGCGCGUCAGCAGCAGCAGUAGCAGCAGCAGUGGCAGUGCCAGUAGCAGCAGCAACACCGGAACAGAGGCGCCGCCCGACCACGGUUUGAUGUUGACGCCACUGCUGGCCAUCCUGAUCGGCGUGGUGGCCUCCCUCAUCAUCAUCGCGGUCGGCGUGGUCGUCUGCUUCAAGCUCGGCAGUCGUCGCCAGGCCAAGCCGCCGGCGCCCCAGGCCGACCUGAUCCACUCCUCACUGAUGCUGAAGGAGACGAUGACCUCGAGUCCUGCGCCAGACCGGCCUACGGUGGUCGGGGCCAAACUGGGCGACUCGGAGAACCCAGACGUGAUACCCAGCGGACACUGCCUGCAGAUCAACCAGCACCCGAGCGUUCACGAUUCGGGCUACGACCUAGCUCCAACGAGUCAUCUUUUGAACCAUUUGAGUGUUAGCUGGCCACGAAAGGGGUCGCCCAACCUGUCCCCGCGGUCUGUGAGCCAUCAGAUUGGCUCCAGGCGCGACCAGGGUGGCGUACCGUUCGACGACCUGACCCUGCCACGGUCGGGUCACGCCGGGAGGACGGCACGUCCAGCGGACUCGCAGCCCGUGGUGACAUUCGCCACGUUCAACCCGCGCCGGCCAGCGCUGGCCACCAGCGGAGUGCGAACUGUGAGAAGCGCUGACCAGGAGAGUGUGGUGUAGGAGCGAGCAGUCAGCGAUUAGGAGUCUUGCUUAGGAGCAGGAGUGUCCGGUGUAGGAGUAGGCGGUCAGGAGUGUUGUGCAGUCUCGACCGUCCAGCAGCCACCAACAAGGAUUGAAUAUAGGCGGGUGGUCAGGGCAGGGUUUGUGCGAAGGUCGCGAGUCGGUGGAGGGUUGUAUGUAUGAAGCUGUCCUGUGCGAAGGACGCCAGCGCUCUAAUGCAGUCAGCAGUAGAGGUGGCAAAAGAUGACAAUUUUGGGAACCAGACUCGAACCAGACCCGGCUGAACAUUUCUGGAACCAGUCAGACCCGGUCUUAGUUGGAAUCGGAACCAGUUGGACCCGUUCCCCAAAAGUCAAUUAAGUUAAUACUAACUACUUGUAGGUAUCAUUAGUUGCAUCAUGUAAAACAAUUAUUUCCCACUGGCAAUACCUACUCAUGAGCUACUGUGUGCAAAGAAACAUUCACUUCAUUCACUCCAUAUUUUGCAAUAAUGUGUAGCGUGCAAGAUUGGUUUAUGGUAGGACCCGGUUGGACCCGUCAGAAAAUUUUCAGGAACCGGUCUGGACCCAUAUGGGUCCAGACUGGUUCUUUGGACCGGGUCCUCGGGUCCACAUUUUGCCACCUCUAGUCAGCAGUGUCUGCCACGGGCCGUCGCGAGUUGGGCCCGCUCUCUGCAGCUGGACUGCCGGGCCAUAUUCUUGGCUGCGGUGCCGGUGAAGUCAAAACGCCGCUCCGAUAUCAGAGCUGAAAAGCCAUGUUCCUAUGUGAUAUGUUGUGCUUCAGCUAUGGGUGGUUGUCUGCGACAAGUGCUUGCAAAGUCCGGAAGUUAUGAAUUGACUUGUCCGCGGGCUUAGGGCCUGAAGGCCGUGCAGACGGCGUGAGGCUUUUUAUGCGUCAUACCAGUCAUAAUGUUUGCAUAAUGUGACAUGUUUCUGUUCUGUCGUCAUAUCAUUACCAUGUGCCGCCCAUGCUUUUCCUGGGAUGACAGUUAUCAUUUGUCUCUGUCGUCGUUUGGCCUGAAGAGACCACCGAAAACACAUCCAAUGGAAGGAUAGUUGUCUCAUAUAGUGAAAGGAAUGAAGGUAAAAUUUACUCAUCCCUUUAUCAAAAUAAUCGGAAUGCUCGAUGCAGGACUCCGUUUAUUGGUCUAUUAACUGGUCAUUGGCCAAUGGAAAAGGCGGUUGGAAGAAAGCAUUUUCCGUUGACCGAUGACCACCACAGGUAUAUCAUACACACGUCUCACUUGUCCGCAUUUGAUGUAAGUGCGCUUCGUCAAGAUGUGUCAAACUUUGUUAUAUUUGUUCAUCCAUUGGCUAUCGGGGGAGGGGGGACUAGUGGAGCCACCAUGGCUGCCGCCUGCCAAUGAUGUUUGUGCUGAUAUAAUUGGUGCUGUACUUCGCGUGUAUUGUAAGCUUUGUAUCUGCCAAGGCGUGCAGUGUGCAUUGUGAGUUUUAUACAUGUACGUUGUCAUGUAAUGUAUUGUCUUGUACAAUGUACAUAGGCCUGCUAGAUCGGCCAAUUUUGGGAAAGAAGAUUUCAAAUUAGGAAAAACCGAUAUUUUCCAUAUAUACCGGCAAGAAGGUACACAAGGUUUUCAUCUCGGAAUGGGUAAAAUUAAUACAUAUUCGCGCUCAGAAGAGUUUUGUAUAAACGUAUUAGUAUUUGAUUGAAUUCACCAUUGUCAUUGACCAUGAGUUGUACUACGCAUUUACUCAUCGCUUCACAUCGUUCCGUUUUAAGCAUUUUGUACAACAUUGAACGUGUUUCCUGGGUCGGAAGAUAAUGAAAUCUCGGUUUUUAAUAGCAUUUAAUUUCGUAGGUAUUAGUGAAGAUA